AGUUUGAAUACAUUCUACGAAUUAGCGCAAUCAUGGUUCAAAAAGUUCUUCUUCUCGGCUCUGGCUUUGUGGCCAAGCCCACCGUCGACAUCCUCGCCGCUCGCCCCAACACCGAGGUCACCGUUGCAUGCCGUACUCUCGAUAAGGCACAGGCCCUCGCCGGCUCCUCCGCCAGCACCAAGGCCGUCUCGCUCGACGUCACCGAUCCUGCUGCGCUCGACGCUGCCGUUUCCGAGGCUGAUCUUGUUAUCAGUUUGAUUCCUUACAUUUACCACGCGACCGUCGCUGCUGCGGCUAUCAAGUUUGGCAAGAACGUGCUCACCACUUCGUACGUCUCGCCCGCUAUCAAGGCUCUUGAGGAGAGUGCGAAGAAGGCCGGCACCAUCAUCUUCAACGAGAUUGGUCUGGACCCCGGUAUCGACCACCUGUACGCCGUCAAGGCCAUCGACGAGAUCCACCAGGCCGGCGGCAAGGUCAAGUCCUUCCUGUCGUACUGCGGCGGUCUGCCCGCGCCCGAGGACUCCGACAACCCGCUCGGCUACAAGUUCUCGUGGUCGUCGCGCGGCGUGCUUCUCGCGCUCCGCAACAACGCAAAGUUCUACCAGGACGGCAAGGAGGUCGAGAUCCAGGGCAAGGACCUGAUGAAGUCCGCAAAGCCGUACUUCAUCUACCCCGGCUACGCUUUCCUUGCGUACGGAAACCGCGACUCGACCAUCUACAAGGAUCUCUAUAAGAUUCCCGAGGCCGAGACCGUCAUCCGCGGCACCCUGCGUUACCAGGGUUUCACCGACUUCACCCUCGUCCUCGUCGACCUCGGCAUGCUCGACGACACCGAGAAGGAGUUCCUCAAGUCGCCGAUUCCCUGGAAGGAGGCCUUCGCCAAGCUCAUUGGCGCCGCCUCGACCAGCGAGGCCGACCUGCUCGCCGCCGUCGACGCGAAGGCCACCUUCCCCAGCGCCGAGGCCAAGGCUACCAUCCUCAACGGUCUCAAGUGGCUCGGUCUGUUCUCCGACAAGCCCAUUACGCCCAAGGGCAACGCGCUCGACACGCUCUGCGCCACGCUCGAGGAGCUGAUGCAGUACGGCCCCGGCGAGCGCGACUUUGUCAUGCUGCAGCACAAGUUCGGCAUCGAGUGGGCCGACGGCACGACCGAGACGCGAACGUCGACCUUGGCCGACUACGGUGACCCCAGCGGAUACUCGUCGAUGGCCAAGCUUGUCGGCACGCCGUGCGCGGUCGCCGCCGAGCUUAUCUUGGACGGAUACUUCAAGCAGACUGGAAUUCUUGCGCCGUACAGCCCUGAGAUCUGUGACCCGCUCAGAGAGAUCUUGAAGGAGAAGUAUGGCAUCUUCAUGGUUGAGAAGACGCUUGCUUAGAUGAUGUUUACUGUAGCUAUGUACUUUUUGAU